GCGAAUGCCCACCUGGAUGAGACCAUUCGACAAGCGCCGCACUCGGCCAACGUGGCACGGGCAUUUGCGAUGCUAGCCGGGCAUGCUUCGGGCAAGACAAUCGGGUCCAUGUUCGAGUUCGUGUCUGCGGUGUCCAACUAUCGCCUAUCAGAGCGGCUGUAUGCCGCGCGUGGCAAAGAUGCGGAGCAGCGCGCUAAGAAUGAUGCCAAGCACGCUUCCUUCUUCGCCGCGCUGGAAAGCCUCGGGAAGGUUCGCCAGACCCUCGACGCCUUGGAGAAGGCACUUGGGCCGGAGGAUGAGCUGCCUGACAUCGACCUGAGCGACUUGGCAGCUGUCCGCAGCUCCCCUGAGCAAGCCGCGAAGUGUGUCAACUUCAAGCACUUCGUUGCAGGCGAGCGCUCCAUUCUGAGUUCUGAGGUUCUCAGCGAUGCCAUGAGCUUUGUAGCGGCAGGGAAGAGCAACGACAUGCGAGGCUUGGUGGCAUCCCUCGACGACGCGGCCAAGGGCUUCGCCAGCCGCAAGUCUUGGAAGGAGACUUUGCCAGGCGAUGCUGACUUGGCUCAGGUGCUCGGAACAUACGAGAAGGUUCUGAAGCCUGAGGUGCAGUCUGCUGGUUUGAAGACCAAGUUGGAAGAACUCCUGGAGGGGGUCAGUGAUGCCCAAGCUUUCGUGGAGCACGUGAGCAAGGCAGCUUGUGACUUGAUGAAGGAUAAUGAUGAGUUCCGGGCCCUCGGUGAGGAGUGCAUCGAAGCCAACAAGUUGGUGAGAGCUGGUGGGGCGAUCUUUACGGAGAUCGUGCUGUCAGUGUCCUUGAAGAGCAUUCAGGAGCGGGCAAGUGAUCUUCAGGCCGUGCAGAAGGCCAAAGGCCUCAUUUCCGGGCAAGUGUGUCCUCUGAG